CUCAAUCAACAACUAUGCUUCCCAUUUCUCUUUCUCUCUCGCUCUCUCUCUAAGUGUCUAGAGAGAGAAAAUGUCAACUUUAAUUCUACCCAUGUACCCAAACUUUGUAAACCUCCGAUAAUAAUCGGAGGAAUUUCAAAGUUGUGCGAUCAGAAUUGAUUACAGGAAAGGCUUGUUUUCGAUGGUUUGAUUGACUGGGUUAUUUCUUGUCUUAUUUUUGUAUCUGGGUAACUUUUAAUUUUUAAGGUUCCGGGUUCUUUUUUGUGGUAUAAAAAGUAGGGUUGGAAUUCUGAUUAUGGAACCACGAGUUGGGAACAAUUUUCGGUUGGGGAGGAAGAUUGGUAGUGGUUCUUUUGGGGAGAUCUAUCUGGGUACUAAUAGUCAGACUAAUGAAGAAGUUGCAAUCAAGCUUGAAAAUAUCAAGACAAAGCAUCCUCAGCUUCAGUAUGAAUUCAAGUUGUAUAAAAUACUACAGGGAGGAACUGGAAUUCCAAAUGUGAAAUGGUAUGGUGUUGAAGGAGACUAUAAUGUCCUAGUGAUGGAUUUAUUGGGGCCAAGCCUUGAAGAUUUAUUUAACUUCUGCAGUAGAAAGCUGUCUCUCAAAACUGUUCUCAUGCUUGCAGAUCAAAUGAUCAACCGGGUUGAAUUUGUUCAUUCCAAGUCAUUUCUGCAUCGAGAUAUUAAACCUGACAAUUUCCUCAUGGGUUUAGGGAGACGUGCAAAUCAGGUCUAUGUCAUUGACUUUGGUCUUGCUAAGAGAUAUAGAGACACUGCUACACAUCAGCAUAUUCCAUACAGAGAAAAUAAGAAUUUAACGGGAACUGCAAGAUAUGCCAGCAUGAACACGCACCUUGGCAUUGAACAAAGUCGCAGGGAUGACUUAGAAUCACUUGGAUAUGUUCUGAUGUAUUUCUUAAGAGGAAGUCUUCCAUGGCAAGGAUUAAAAGCUGGCACUAAGAAGCAGAAGUAUGAGAAAAUCAGCGAGAAGAAAGUAUCAACUUCUAUUGAGGCCUUAUGUCGGGGUUAUCCUACAGAGUUUGCAUCCUACUUCCACUACUGCCGGUCACUGCGAUUUGAUGAUAAGCCAGACUAUCCUUAUUUGAAGAGAAUCUUCCGUGACCUUUUUAUUCGUGAAGGUUUCCAGUUUGACUAUGUAUUUGAUUGGACAAUUUUGAAGUAUCAACAAGCACAGAUUUCUAAUCCUCCUGCUCGUGCACUUGAACCUGGUGCUGGACCAAGCUCUGGCAUGCCUCUUGGUGUUGGUAACAUCGACAGGCAAGCAGGUGGGGAAGAAAGUAGGCAUACUGGUUGGUCCGCAUCAGAUUCCAAUCGCAGGAGGAACUCUGGACCACUUGGGAAUUCUGCAAACUUAUCAAAGCGAAAAAGUCCAGUUUCAAAUGAUCCUGCACAUUCUAAGGAGGCUUUGGCAUCCAGUUAUAGUUUCUUGAGGUCAGGCGGAUCAUCGAGGAGAGCUGCAAUCUCUGGUCGUGAUGCAGUUGUCUUUGGGAGUGAAGUUGACCCUCACAUAACAGAUGCCAACGCAGGAACAUUUCAAAAGAUUACUAGUGGGCAAAGAAGGUCACCUGUUGUGUCAUUGGAAAACCGUCACACAAGUUCUGGUAGAAUUACUUCAAACAUAAGGAACUUUGAGUCCACUCUUAGAGGCAUCGAGAGCCUGAAUUUCAAUAAUGAUGAGAGGGUACAAUAUUAGCAGGCAUACUUCCAGAAUCUUACCUGAUGUAAAUUUUAAACCGGUAUACUUUGUUACGAUAUAUGGAGUGGCAUGUGUUGUUUGUGUAAUUUGUGUAAGUCAAGUGGAACUGUGAAAAACUACCUGGGUAAAAUGCUUGUCUAAAUACCCAGUUCAAAGGCUUCCAUCAAAUUACAGUUUGAGUUCAUUUUCUCACGCCAAGGCUGAGCCUUGUGUUUGUAAUCGCUUCUGUCUUUGUGCAUAUUUUGGCUCAUGUAAAAGCUCUCUUGAAAAUGACAAAACUUCGAGAUUACCUGUCA